AUGGAUGAGUUGAAAAUACUUAGAAAUAUUAAAUCUCAGGAGAAGCUGAUAAGAAACCGAGUAGCUGUUCGAACUCGAAAAACACGUCUUUGUGAAUAUGUGGCACGGGCAGCCAUGGCAGUGGCCUUGAUUUGGACAUUAACAAUUCAGGUGAUGCACUUGUCCAAGGCUUGGCAGCCGGCGUUGGCGAUGUCUAAAUUUUAUAAGAACUUGGUUGCAGGAGAAUAUGAGAGCAAUGGAUAUUUAAUUGUAUCAUCCAAUGGAGGACUCAAUCAAAUGCGCUCUGGAUUGGAUACCAAAUCUUUCUGGAAAGAUCAAAGUCAAUUCGAGGAUAUAUUCGACGUCGAUCAUUUCAUCAACUCAUUGAGAGAUGAGGUUAGGAUUGUAAAACAACUUCCACCAGAUAUGCAGAGAGAGGUGAACACGAACAGACAUAUUUCCAUGCAACCCAUUAGCUGGUCCAACAUUUCAUACUACACAGACAAGGUUCUUGAUGGAAGUCUCAAGAACCACAAGAUUCUGCAUUUUCAGAAAACCGACUCUAGGUUGGAAAAUAACGGUCCUCUGGAAGUUCAAAAGGUUCGUUGCAAGGCGAGUUACGAGGCCCUGAAGUUUAGGGCUUCAAUAGAGAAGAUGGGGAAGAAAAUCGUGAAAAUUAUGAGACAGAAGAAGGGUAAAUUCCUAGUCCUUCAUCUUCGGUACGAAAUGGAUAUGUUGGCCUUUACAGGCUGUAAUCAAGGCUGCACUGAUGAAGAAGCAAAGGAGCUGGAAGGACUAAGGUAUUCAAUUCCAUGGUGGAGGAAGAAGAAAAUAAAUUCGACCACAACAAGAUUAGCGGGAUUGUGUCCCUUAACACCUGAAGAAACUGCAUUGACCCUUCAAGCACUUGGUGUUGACCGGAAAAUGCAGAUUUAUAUUGCUGCAGGUGACAUAUACGGAGGAGAAAAGCGAUUGGCUCCAUUAAGAGCAGCCUAUCCAAAUUUGGUGAAGAAGGAGACAUUGUUGCCGCCAUCUGAGCUUUUGCCGUUCAAGAAAUAUGCAACCCGAAUGGCUGCACUUGACUACAUAGUGUCACUAGAGAGUGACAUAUUUUUGCCUACUUAUGGAGGUAAUAUGGCGAGACUAGUAGAAGGCCAUCGCAGGUACUUAGGUUUCAGGCCGACCAUACAACCAGAUCAGAAAGCAUUAGUUCAUCUGAUAGACAAAUACGAGAAAAAUCAGAACUGGGAAGAGUUCGAGCAAGGAGUGAAGAAAGCUCAUGAAAAUCGAUAUGGGAAUCCGACAAAAAGAAGGGUCAUACCUGGAAAACCCAAAGAAGAGGACAAUUUUUGGUCUAACCCUGAAGAGUGCUUAAUUAAGACCAAUAUAAUAGAAAAAUCUGAAUGUCCAAUGUGGAAAUAG